GAUCAUUCUCUAAUCUUCCUCGUACGUGCUCACUCUUAUUACCUUUCUACCCUAACACUUCGUUUCUGACUCGACUUGUUUUUGAAUCUCAAUAGCUAAGCUAAGCCCUUAUGGGUCUUUUCGUCCCGAGCUCUAGCCGUGUAUAAAAAGGACCUUAGUCCCUCAACUUGACCUUCACAGAUCAUUUGCUUGUUAAGAGUUAAAGAGAGUAGAGAGAUUUACAGUUACAUUGAGAGAAUGGACGGUGGUGGCAGAAAUAACUUUGGCCGGCGUGGUGGUGGUGCUUCCUGUGGACGUGCCGGCGGCAGAGGUGGUCACGGUGGUGGAAGAGGGAGGGGCAGGGCCCCGCAGGGUACUCAAUAUCAGACUCCGGUUCAGCAGCAUUGGGUCAACAGGCCGCCGGUUCAGGCGUAUCAAGGUGGUGCUGGUGGGUCUCAAGUCAACCCACCGCCGGCUCCGCGGGCGUGGGGCAACAGGCCAGAACAACCAGAUCAGGGCCAGGGAAGUGGUAUCGGAGUUCAAAGGCCGGCACAGCAGCCAAUGCAGGUCGGUGUGGGGCCUAAUCCUCCGGGAAGAACGUGGACUGGAAGACACUGGGGUCCAUCUACCUCUGCUUCAUCAACUUCUAAGCCUCAAACUCAGCUUCAGCCUCAGCGCCCCUCUCAAUCAUCUGCCGUUGAUAUCCAAUCCUUGAAGAUUUCAGAGAGGCAGCCUAUAUCAUCUCCGUCUGAGAGUACUGAGAACAGAACCAUGCCUAUAGAAAGGCCUGAUCGUGGAGGGUCACUUGCCAUCAGGACCAUCCCGCUUCAUGUUAACCAUUUCCCUGUCAAUUUUAACCCAAAUGCAACCAUAAUUCACUAUGAUGUGGAUGUUAAGCCUGUGGCAUCCCCUGGGGAUCGUUUUGUGAAAAAAUCAGUAUCUAAAUCUGAUUUGCGUCUAAUUAGGGACAAGCUAUUUUCUUCUGGUGAUAGUCGGUUUCCCUUGUUGAAGACUGUUUAUGAUGGUGAAAAGAACAUUUUCAGCGCAGUAACUCUUCCCACUGGAGCAUUUAAGGUGGAGUUGUCUGAUGGGGAAGAUUCUAACAUUCGAUCUUACUUAUUUACAAUCAAAUUUGUAAAUCAAUUGGAGCUCUCUAAGCUGAAAGAUUACUUAAUGGGGAAUCUGUCCUAUAUUCCUCGUGAUAUAUUACAGGGGAUGGAUUUGGUAAUGAAGGAUAAUCCUUCGAAGAAUAGAAUCUCUGUUGGUCGAAGCUUUUACUCCCCUUAUUACAGAGAGCGGGAUGAUCUCCGUCAUGGACUUGCAGCAUAUAGGGGUUUCCAACAGAGCUUGAGGCCUACAUGCCAAGGUCUUUCGUUGUGCUUAGACUACUCGAUAUUGGCAUUUCGUAAGCCAUUACCAGUACUAGAGUUUUUGAAAGAGCAUGUUCAAGGGUUCAAUGGAGUAAAUGAUGUCACAAAGUUGAGGCAACAAGUGAUCAGUGCACUGAAAGGACUGAAAGUAAAAGUUACUCAUAGAGUCACAAAACAGAAAUAUACUGUUUCAGGGCUGACUACGAGGAAUGCCCGUGGUAUUUCCUUUACAUUGGAUGACCCUGAUGGCAUAAAUCCUCCCACAGAAAUCAACCUUGUCCGUUAUUUUAUGGAUAAGUGGGGAAAGGAUAUUGUCUACAAGGACAUUCCUUGCUUGGAUUUUUCAAAAAAUAACCGGCCCAAUUAUGUGCCCAUGGAAUUCUGCGUCUUAGUUGAGGGGCAGAGAUACCCCAACGACCAGUUGAAAAGUUUGGACAAAGAUGCAGCUGUGUUCUUGAGGAAAUUAUCUCUUGCUCCAUCACAUGAAAGAAAAGAUACAAUCUACAAUAUGGUGAAUGCUAAUGAUGGACCUUGCGGGGAUGUCAUGAAAAAUUUUGAAAUUGGAGUUGACAAGAACAUGACGAGGGUUGCUGGUCGUGUCAUUGGUGCUCCUGAUCUGAAGCUCGGUUCUCCCAGUGUGAUUAAAGUGGACAAGGAUAAAUGCCAGUGGAACCUUGUUGGAAAAUCUUUGGUGGAGGGAAAAUCAAUUGAACGUUGGGCUUUGAUCGACUUCACCUAUGGUGAUGAAUUUCAGCGACAUGUAGAUCCAUUCAUCAACAAUUUGAGGCGCCGUUGCAGAAAUCUUGGAAUGUUUAUGGAUGGGCCUCUUUGGUAUCAAUCCGCUAAUUUGAGAGAAUUUUCAUCUAUUAGUAGGAUCGAGGGACUUCUUAGGCAUGUUGUUAAGGAGGCUAUGAGGAUAAAAAGUGGCAAGCUGCAGUUGAUUGUCUGCGUGAUGACAAAGGAAGAAGAUCCUGGCUACAGGUAUCUUAAAUUUGUGUCUGAAACAAAAAUUGGAGUUAUAACUCAGUGUUGUUUGUCCAAGAUUACGAUUCCAAACAAAGGGCAAGACCAAUACUUUACAAAUCUUUGUAUAAAGAUAAAUGCAAAACUUGGAGGAAGCAAUAUGGAGCUAAGUGGAAGGCUUCCUCAUUUUGAGGGUGAAGAGCAUGUUAUGUUCAUCGGGGCAGAUGUGAAUCACCCGGGGUCGAAGGACCCAUCUUGUCCAUCUAUAGCUGCAGUUGUUGGCACGGUUAAUUGGCCUGCUGCAAAUAGGUAUGCUGCGAGAGUCUGUCCACAGGGUAAUGGCAAAGAGAAGAUUCUAAAUUUUGGGACGAUGUGUUCAGAUCUGGUGAAUACUUAUGCUCGGAUCAACGGAGUCAGGCCGAGCAAAAUCGUGGUUUUUCGUGAUGGGGUUAGUGAGGGUCAGUUUGACAUGGUCCUCAAUGAGGAGUUGAUUGAUCUGAGGAGGGCAAUUUACAAUGGUGAUUACGAACCUACAAUCACACUAGUCGUUGCCAUAAAACGGCACCAGACUCGGCUCUUUCUUCAAAAUGCUCGCGAUGGCAAUGUUCCUCCAGGAACUGUAGUGGAUACAACAAUUGUUCACCCGUUCGAGUUUGAUUUCUACCUGUGCAGCCACUAUGGAGGCAUUGGGACCAGCAAACCUACUCACUACUAUGUUCUCUGGGACGAGAAUUACUUCACUUCUGAUAGCCUGCAGAAACUCAUUCACCACAUGUGCUUCACUUUUGCACGUUGCACAAAGCCAGUUUCACUUGUGCCGCCGGUUUAUUAUGCCGAUCUUGUUGCUUAUAGGGGACGUCUGUUCCAGCAGGUUGCAAUGGAGUUCCAGUCUCGCGAAUCAUCAUCAUCAUCAUCUUCCUCUUCUGCUGCUGCUGCUUCUUUUGACCAGAGUUUCUACACUCUGCACCCAGAGCUGCAGAACAUAAUGUUCUUUGUCUGAAUUGCCGUGUAAUCUCCAGGUGAAGGAGAUUGAACCAAAUCGUCCAACCUCGUUUCCCAUCUCUAGUAAACGAGAAACGAGUUUGUGCGGGAAUCUAAUGAGGUUUCCCUCAAGUUGUGUGUACAUGAGGGAGGCCAACAUAUUUAUUAUCGUGUCUGUCUGUCUGUCUUCCUUCUUUGCUAUGUUGUGUGAUAUAUUUUCAUUAGUGGGUGUGUCUUUUGCUUUUUAAUCUUAGAGUUUGUAAUAUGACUGUUCUCUUUGUAUUUCUACAUGACUGUCUUUGUCCGUCUGUCGAACUAGUAUCGUGCAAGUUUGUAAGCCAUGGUCAUUCGUAAAGUCAUGCCAGCGACUUGAGCACA